GAGAAGCCCUGCAAAGCACCGCGUACCCUGCAGUGCAGACCUUCUGCCAGAAGCACGGCCUCAUGUUUGAGGUCGUUGAUCUGAGGUGGGGUAUUCGGGACACCGAGGCCACUGACCACAUGACCACGGAACUCUGCUUGGAAGAGCUUGACCGGUGUCGGAAAACAUCCCUAGGGCCAGCUUUUGUUGCCCUCCUAGGUGACCAGUACGGUCCCUGUCUGGCCCCCACACUCAUCGAGGAGGAGGAGUGGGAGGCUCUGAAGGCCCAGCUGACCUCUCGGCCAGGUGACCUGGAGCUGGUGGCUCACCGUUUCCAGAGGGACGAGAACACGGUGCCCCCCACCUUUGUGCUGCGGGCCUCAGGCACCAGGGAGACCCAUGGGCCCGAGGACACCACCCUGACCUCUGCGCUUCGCUAUGGAGCCCAGGAGGCCAGGAGGCUGGGCCUUAUCUCCCAGGAGCAGUGGCAUCGCUACCACUGGUCAGUCAUUGAGUGGGAGAUAGAACGGGGCCUGCUGAGCUUGACAGAUGGGGACCAGGGAGCCACUGUCUUCCUGAGAGAGAUCCAAGACCUCAACAAACACAUCCUGGAAGACUGUGCCCUAAAGAUGGUGGACCGGCUCGCAGACGGCUGCCUGGACACAGAUGCCCAGAAUCUUCUCAGCAGCCUCAAGGGGCGCAUAGCUGACACUCAGCCUGGAGUCCUCAAGGCCCACCAUCUGCCAUGGAGCCGAGACCUAGUGAACCCCAAAAACAAGGCUCACGCCCGAUAUCUGAAGGAGCUGGGGGAGCAGUUUGUGGCCAGGGCUAACUACCAGGUCCUUGAGCGCCUCCGGGAGCUAGAGGCAGGCAGGCAGGAGUUGACAUGGCUCUACCAGGAAAUCCACCACCACUUGGGGCUGAGUGCUGAGGCCACCAGGACCUUCUGUGGGCGCGAGGAGCUCCUGACCCAGGUGGGGCAGCGACUCCGGAAGAAUGACGGCCACCCCCACAUGCCCCUAGUGCUUUUUGGACCCCCAGGCAUCGGAAAGACAGCUCUGAUGUGCAAGCUGGCUGAGCAAAUGCCAAGGCUGCUGGGCUGCAAGACGGUGACCAUCUUGCGGCUCCUAGGGACAUCCCAGAUGAGCUGCGACGCCCGCAGCCUGCUCCAGACCAUCUGCUUCCAGGUGUGCCUGGCCUACGGGCUGCCCCUGCCCCCUGCCCAGGUCCUAGAGGCCCACGCCAGAGUGGUCCAGUUUUUCCAUACCCUCCUGCACACCGUCUCCUGCCGAAACUUUGAGUCCCUUGUGAUCCUACUAGAUUCUGUGGAUGAUGUGGACUCCAUUCACCGAGCUCGGAGAGUCCCCUGGCUGCCUCCCAAGUGUCCCUCAAGGGUCCACUUCAUCCUCUCAGCCUGCUCAGGGCAGCGGGGAGUUUUAGACACCGUGAAGCAGAUGAUCACGGACCCAGAGUCCUACUGGGAGGUGAAACCCCUCUCCAGUAACCAAGGGCAAGAGAUGAUCCAGCUGCUCCUGGCGGCCUCCAAGAGGACACUGAGCCCAGGGCAGAGGGACCUGCUCUGGGCCAGCCUCCCAGAGUGCGGGCACCCUGGGCGGCUGAGGCUGGCCUUCGAGGAGGCCCGGAAAUGGGCCUCCUUCACCAUGCCUGCCCCUCUGGCCUCCACUGCUAAGGAAGCGAUGCACCAGCUGUGUGCCCGCCUGGAGCAGACCCACGGGCAACUCCUGGUGGCCCGAGUGUUGGGCUACAUUGUGUCUUCCCGGUAUGGGCUCUCAGAGGCUGAGCUGAAGGACGUCCUGUCCUUGGAUGACGAUGUCCUGCAGGCUGUGUACCAGGACUGGACCCCGCCCAGCAAGGAACUGCUGCGUUUUCCGCCCCUGCUGUGGGUGAGGCUUCGUCGAGAUCUGGGAAACUGCUUGGCCAGGCGGCCCGUGGAUGGCUUCACACUCCUGGCCAUCACCCACAGACAGCUGGCCGAGGUGGUCCGAGAGCGCUACUUGUCGGGGCCUGAGAAAGCCAAGAGGCAUGGAGCCUUGGCUGACUUCUUCUUGGGGGCCUGGAGCCAGGGCACCAAGAAACUCAUCACUCUGCCGCUGGUGGGGAAACCCCUGAACCUGGACCGCAAGGUGGCCCCCCAGCCCCUGUGGUUCUCGGACACAGUUGCAAACCUGAGGAAGCUGAAAGAGUUACCCCAUCACCUGCUCCACUCAGGCCGCAUCGAGGAGCUGAAGCAGGAGGUGCUGGGCAGCAUGAACUGGAUUUCCUGUCGGAGCAUCUCCGGGGGCAUCGAGAGCCUGUUGGAUGACUUCGACCUGUGUGCCCCUCAUGUGGACUGUCCUGAGGUGGGCCUGGUUCGAGAAGCCCUCCAGCUGUGCCGCCUGGCCGUGGAGCUCCAAGGCAUGGAGAAGAGCAUCCUGUAUACAGAACUCCUGGCCAGACUCCAUUUCUUCGCCACUUCACAUCCAGCACUUGUGGGACAGCUGUGCCAACAGGCCCAGAGCUGGUUUCUGGUGUGCCCGCAUCCUGUGCUGGUGCCCCUUGGAGGAUUCCUCCAGCCCCCAGGAGGGCCUCUCCAGGCGACCCUCACUGGCUGUCACAAAGGCAUCACCGCCAUGGCGUGGAGCCUGGAAGAGAAGCUGCUGGUAGUCGGCACCCAGGAUGGCAUCUUGGCUGUGUGGGACAUGGAGGAGAAGCAGGUGAUUCACAUCCUAACUGGACACACAGGAGAGGUGAAGUGUGUGAAAGUAUUUGCCCAAGGGACACUCGCCAUCUCUGCCUCCAAGGACCACACGCUGCGCUUGUGGAACUUACUCUCUGGCCAGGAGAAAUUCACCAUUUGGGACGCAGGCUCAAAAGAUCCCACUGAACCUCAGAUCUGGAGCCUUCAUGUUGACGAAGCAAAGAAGGUCGUGUAUUCAGCAUCUAGAUCAAAGGUCAGCGCUUGGAAUCUGGAAACUGCCGAGCUGGUUUUCCGUAUCCCGGGAGAUGCCUCCGACCCUUGGAUGUGUAUGGCAGCAUUGGCUUCCUGGGCCACGCUGCUGACGGUGUCCAAGGGUGGUGUGGUCACUCUGUGGAGCUCAGCCACAGGAAAAGCGCAGGGGAAGCAACACUUGUCCAGCAUCAAAGAAGAAACUCCUACCUGUGCGGUCUCAGUCCAGAAACCAGGAAAGAUGGUUAUUGGGUUCAGCAAGGGUUCCAUGUCUUUGGUUUCUUCCAAAGGAGACAGCCUGCUGGAGAAGCUUCCGGAAGCUGUGGGGUUCUUGGUGGUCUCUGAAGAUGAAUCCCUUCUGGCCGCAGGCUUUGGCAGAUCUGUGCGGAUAUUCUUGGCCGACUCACAGGGGUUUCAUCACUUCAUGGCCACCGAUCUUGAACAUGAGGACAUAGUGGAGACGGCUGUUUUUGGUCCUGAGAACAAUCUGAUUGUCACUGGGUCCCGAGAUACACUCAUUCAGAUAUGGAGUCUAUCCGAGCAAGGGACCCUGCUGGACAUCCUGGAAGGUGUUGGGGCCCCCGUGAGCCUGCUGGCCCGGGGUGGAGCCUUGGUAGCAUCUGCUUCCCAGCAGUCCUCAUCUUUUAAAGUCUGGGAUCUCACUUAUGCUCAGAAGCCACGGGCCUCUGCCCCAUUUCUGGACCGCACCGGCCUCACAGCUGUGUCACACAACGGAAGCUACGUUUACUUCCCCAAAAUUGGGGACAAAAACAAAGUCACUGUUUGGGACUUGGCAGAAGGUGAGGAGCAAGAUGCCCUGGACACCUCCAAUGAGGUCAGAUGUCUGGAGGUCGCUGAGCAGGCCAAGCUCCUUUUCACUGGCCUCAUUUCCGGCAUCGUCCUGGUGUUCCCCCUGAAUUCCAGGCAGGAUGUCCUGUGCAUUCCCCCUCCAGAGGCCCGAAAAGCCAUCAAUUGCAUGGCCCUGAGUAAGGACGAGGAGCACUUGGCCAUUGCCUAUGACAGCAUCGUCCUGGUGCUGGACAUCAGCCCCGGGGACCCCUGUCCGGUCAUCGAUGGGCCAACCUAUACCUUCUAUACCCAGCUGCCAGAGACCAUAUCCAGCGUGGCCAUUCUGGCCGAUUACCGUGUGAUCUACGGCAUGACCAACGGUGAUCUCUUCCUUUAUGACUGUGCGAAUUCCAAAGUGUUCCCUCUGGAGGCCCACAGGAGCCUGGUCACCUGUGUGGAGGUCAGCCACAAGGAGCAGCUGGCAGUCAGUGGGUCGGAGGAAGCCCUACUCUGUCUCUGGGACCUACAGGCAUGCAAGGAGAGAUUCGAGAUAAGUUACAUGAACUCUUUCUGCCGAGGAGUCCAAUGUGCUUGCUUUUCCAAGAAUGACAAGUAUGUAUAUGCGGGCUUGAAGGAUCGCUCCAUAAUCGUCUUAAGUGUGCUGGACGGUACCCUGCUGGCUGUCCAGUUUGUCCAUGCCCUGGUGAACAGAAUCAUCCCAACCGACAAUGGCUUCAUUGCCCCCACCAGACAUGGCUAUCUGAUCCGCGAACGAUUCCAGUGUCCCUCGUCAAGAGCUUCACAGCAAGAACCUCUCAAGAACUUCAGGAAGGCGGUAUGGAUGAUCAAAUCAAGGAAGAGAGAAGAACUGGCUGCUGCUGCAGGGGCACUGCAGGAUGCGGAAUCAAGGAGUGCCCAGGGAAAUGAAUGCAAAUCAAACAAACGCUCACAAGUAUGCCUGAUAGUGUAG